AUGGCUGAUUACGAAAACGACAACGGCCGUUACGCUGACGAGCCCCGGUACGACCGCGACCGUAGCGCCUCCCCUCGCGAUGAGCCCCGAGCCGACCGUGCUCGCAGUCGCUCCCCCAACGGCCGGGCUGAGGACAGCCGACCUGGUCCCCUGCGCAAGGCCCAUCUCGUGGAGGAAGAGGAAGAGGAGGGCGCCCAGAACACUGGCUCCAACCUGUUCGUGACUGGUAUCCACCCGCGUCUGACCGAGUCCGAUAUUACGCGUCUCUUUGAGAAGUAUGGCGAUGUCGAGAACUGCUCGAUCAUGUUGGACCCCCACUCCAAGGAGUCGCGUGGCUUCGGUUUCGUCAACAUGAGCACUGGUGAGCAGGCCGACGCUGCCAAGGAAGGUCUCCAGGGUGAGGUUAUUGAGGGUCGCACUCUCAGCAUUGAGAAGGCCCGUCGCAGCCGUCCUCGUACCCCUACCCCUGGCAAAUACUUUGGUCCCCCCAAGCGUGAUGAUGGCCGUGGCCCACCUCGUCGUGGAGAUCGCUACGAUGAUCGCCGUGGCCCUACGGGCGGUGGUGGCAACUGGCGUCGCCGCGAUGAUGAUUACUAUCGCCAUGGUCGCUACGACUCUUACAAUGAUCGCCGCGAAUAUGGCCGUGAUUAUGGUCGUGGAGAGGGUGGUCGUGGGGAUGGCGGCGGCUAUCGCCGUGAUUAUGGUGGAGGCCGUGAUUAUCGCCGUGAUUCUCGUGAUGACCAUGGCUACCGCGGUGGCGGCGGUGCUGGCGGCCCCGAUCGCUACGGCGAUCGCUACAGCCGCGAGGAUCGUCGUGGUGGUGAUGAUCGUCGUGGGGGUGCUGCCCCUGGCGCUGGUGCCGAAGCUGGUGCUGGAGAAAGCCGUGGCUACUACGAUCGCGAUGCCAACCCUCCCAGCUACGAUGCCGCCCCUCCUCGUGAGCCCCGUGAGGCCCGUGAGCCGUACUCCGGUGGUGGCCGCUCCUACGAGGGCCGUGGUGGUGAGGAUCGUUACGCCAGCAGGUAA